AUGCACCCCGUAACGCCCGUGGCCGCACACUGGCUUACGACCGUGCAAAUCGGCAUAACCGUGUCGUCCGGCGCCGAUGAUGCAGCAGAGAUGGUCGAAUGGAGUUGCUUCGUUCAACUGUCCAAUUUAGAACAAGUUCACCCUCAUCUACACAAAGCGGAGAACGACGAACCUCUACUCCUUUGCUCUCCAAGUCCCGGCACCGGUACGUCUAUCCGGAAGACAGGAAUGGAAGCUGAACUGGAGAGCCAUGAUUAG